UGAAGGUAUAAACCAGAGCCUUACAAGGGUUUCUGUUGUUAACAAUGCGGAGACCUAAAGCUCAGUGUCUCACCUGGCUGAUCUCAGAAAUUGGAGGCCUGUGUUUGACAUUAUUCCAGUUAGCAGAGUCCGAUCCGAAAUGUGAACCUGAUGAACUAUGUUUUAAUUACAAUGAGGAGAGCCUCAGUGCCUGGUAUGUCUGGUUGCUGAUUUUGUUCUUUCUGGCCAUGAUCCUGUCCUGUGGGAUUCUCUUCUGCUUGCAGUGCUGGCUGAAACGACGGAGCAGCUUCCCCUCCCGGCGCACGCUCGCCGUCUUUGCGCUCAGUGACUCCGAUUCUCUUGGUGUAAGCGAAGCUUCUCCCUAUGCCUUUUCCGGAGUGCACGCCCACUCUCCAAACUCAGCGCUGUGCCCUUCUCCCGUCCUGCACGUCGGCACCAGGGGGACGGGAUCGCCUCCUUCCUACGAGGAGAUUAUGAAGGCAGGCAAAUACUAGGGGCCUGAUUCAGACCUCCCCGUGUUACUCCAGCGUGAGAACAGAAGGAGCCAUGAGGCUGAAGAGGAGGCAGAGGAAAUAUUUUAUUUUUAAAUUAAAAGGGGAAACAAAAUGCAAAUCGAAUAAUGCCCACCUUGCCGCUAGACUCCAAAGGCCUACGCUGCAGAGAGUAAGUUUUCACCUUCCCCACAGGCUCCAGAUCUGGAUCUGAAUUUCAGGCUCCUCCAAAGUUUAGGUCUGUCUGUACCCAACAUUUUUGGUUCAACCUGAACAUUUAGCCUAUUAAAUACCCUAAUUCCGCCCAUGUGCUUACAGCUCACUGCCUCUAAGGAGCCAAGGCUAAGAAAUGACUGGGCAGCGGCUUCUCAAGUUGGAAAUAGGUGGGUUUGCUUCAGUCAUUUGGCACCAAGCCAGCCUGGCACCACGUAGCGUUAGAGUUACCCUGUUAUACUGUGCAGUGUGAUGUAAAUAUGCCCCAUGUAAGUGACAGACCGUUUGCCUCCCGUGAAAUGCGCAGAACGGUUUAAAAGAUACAGACAGUGCAAAAUGCCGCAGCUUGAAAGGCGGCAGGGGGAAAGCACGACCCAUGGACUGUUCAACCGGAACCACAUUAAAAUGUUGCGUUGGUUAUUUUCAGUUGACGUAAAUACUCUUGAUUUCCGUAUUAAUAUUGUGACUGUCUCCACGUCAGUAUCUGUCCGAACCAGAAAGGAAUGGCGCUCAGCACGGCAGCUCUGUGUGCCGGCCCAGCCCCAAAGGCCAGGAAGCUCUGAGACCACUGCCUGCUUUCCCAUUGCCACGUUCCAGGCCUGUUGACGUCCUAAACUCACCAGUGCUGAGAUCCAAGAUUCUGGUUUGGGCUUAGAAAUAACAAUAGUUUAUAAGUAAUCGAACACGGCGAACUCCAUAGGUGGUCUGUAUUUUAUUCUGCAUAAAGCUGUAUCGACUUAUUAUUAUUUACUUGGUUCUAAAUAUGUUGCUGCUUUUCAUUUCAUUGAAUGUCACCUUCUAGUCAUAUUACGGGAGAGGCUAACAAGCCAAGAGGGUCCAGUUUUUCAUUAUACACCCUCCUCUGAAUACCUUAUUCACAAGAUUCAGUAAUCCACGUUCAUUUCACCGAUUGUGACUCUUCUCUCCAACGUCCAGCAGAGGGCGAUACAGACUAUCAACAGUGAUUAAGGGGCUUUUUGGUUACAUCAAAAUUGAGCUUGCCACACAGAACAGGUUACGGUUGCUGUGUUAUUGCGGGGGUUUAAAAUUUGAUUUGUUUCACAUUUUGGUGCUUUUGUUAUUCAAAAAA